AGCGGCGCGCUUGUGCAGCCAGCAUCACCGUUUCCAUUGAUCCACAGACUUCAGAUUCCCCCCACAAAACAGACCACCAGUGUUCACCGGUGAUCAGAUGAAUAACACUAGCCCGAGUGUGACCAUCGCAGGGCUGCCGCUUCGAGAAGGGGACGGGAUUCGGCGGAACUUGGAUACGUACAACACACUAGUAGGAUUCCGGGCUCCUCUCCUUUGCGUGUGCGUGCGUGUGUGUGUGUGUGUGUGUGUGUGAGCGUGUGUGGGUCCGGUGAUCACCACCUGUGCGUUUCACUCUGAGAGCACCCGUCGUCCGAGCCACCUGGAUACCUGAGCGCUUGUCAUUGAUGUCAGACUGAAUAUUAACAACUGCUAUGACAGGGAAACUGGCGGACAAGCUCCCUCUUACCAUGAGCAGUUUAAUAAACACGAUCCCUGACAGUCUCUACCCCGAGGAGGACAUUCCCACGUCUAUGAAUAUUUUCCCCAGUACGGAUUCUAUUAACCACUAUUCGCAGAUGAACACAGACAAUAUCAUGGACCUGGGCAUGGGAAGUGAGAAGGGGACUGCAGAGAUUCAGUAUGGCUCCAGCUUCCAGUCCAACCGCAGCGGGCAGACCGUCACCUACCUGGGGAAGUUCGCCUUUGACACUCCUCCGUCAGGUGGCAUCGGCGGCUCGGGCUGGUGCUCUGACAACAACAUCAUCAGUUUAGUCAGUGCAGGCAUCCUGGGCGUUUCUCCGUCACCCGGCACAGUAACGACACAGACGUCAUCCACCGCAGCCAGCAUGGGUGGACAGACAUCAGAUAUGGAGCAGGUGUACGGCCCCCCGCUGCCCGCCUAUUCAACUUGCAGUGACCUGUAUCAGGACCAGGUGUCCUUCCACCACAGCCCAGCCACCAGCACGGGCCUCGCCUACCCCGGCAAUGACUAUCACUCCACCUCCAAGCCCUCUAUGGAUGGUAGCCUCUUUUCCAUGAUCCCCGAUUACAACCUCUUCCAUCACCAGGGGGAGGUCGGCGUGAUGGAGCACAAACCCUUCCAGACCAUGGACCCCAUCCGAGUCAACCCUCCGCCUAUCACACCUCUGGAGACCAUCCGGGCAUUCAAAGACAAGCAGCAGAUUCACCCAGGUUUCAUCGGCGGGCAGCAGCACGUCCCGCAGCACCACCCGCCGCCGCAGACUCUGACGCUGAAACCCAUCCGGCCGCGGAAGUACCCCAACCGGCCGAGCAAAACCCCCGUGCACGAGCGGCCGCACGCCUGCCCGGCGGAGAACUGCGACAGGCGCUUCUCGCGCUCCGACGAGCUGACGCGCCACCUUCGCAUCCACACGGGUCACAAGCCCUUCCAGUGCCGAAUAUGCAUGCGCUCCUUCAGCCGGAGUGACCACCUGACCACGCACAUCCGCACACACACGGGCGAGAAGCCCUUCUCUUGUGAGUUCUGUGGACGCAAGUUCGCCCGGAGCGACGAGAGAAAGAGACACGCUAAGGUUCACCUGAAACAGAAGGACAAGAAGCCAACGGACAAGGGCAGUGGGGCAACCGGCAGUCACAGCUCUCCCCCCAGCUCCUGUGCCAGUGGGGGGGGCAACAGUGGAAACAUCAUGACCGUCACUACCUGUGCGUAGACUGCGCCCUCACUAUGCCGCCCCCCCCCCUCCUCCCCCAUAAGCUGCAGGAGAAAGGGCCGCCUGCCUGUCCACUCUCAGAUGAAUAGGUGACUCUUCUAUU